CUUUACUUGAAUUGACAGCUUAAGGGAGUAAUCCCAGUCACUUUGGCCCAUUGGGCACCUUAAUUUUGGAGGGGAGAGGAUCCGACUGCUUUUAUUUGAGGGACUUGGAGAUUUGUUUGGUUCAUCAAUGGCGAACCUCCCGAUCCUCCGGUUCGAAGAUCAAAUUAUAGAGACGGUGGAGCGGAACUCAGUGGUGGUAAUCAUCGGAGAGACCGGCUCGGGAAAGAGCACCCAGCUCUCUCAGAUGCUGCAUCGGAGAGGCUACACCAAAUCUGGAAUCGUCGGCGUCACUCAGCCCCGCCGAGUCGCAGCAGUCUCCGUUGCGAGACGGGUUGCACAGGAGCUUGGUGUUGAACUUGGGUAUGAAGUGGGAUAUGCUAUCCGAUUUGAAGAUAGAACCUCAGAAAGGACUCGUAUCAAAUAUCUUACUGAUGGAGUCCUUCUUCGCGAGAGUCUAUCUGACCCAGAGCUUAAUCAGUAUUCAGUAAUCAUAUUGGAUGAAGCUCAUGAGAGGAGUCUGAACACGGACAUAUUGCUGGGGCUGAUGAAGCGAUUGGUUACAAUACAUGCCUCCAAUUUGAAGGUUCUUAUCACUUCAGCAACUCUUGAUGGUGAAAAAGUAUCAAAAUUCUUUUCGAAUUGCCCCAUACUAAAUGUCCCAGGGAAGUUAUACCCUGUAGAGAUAUUGUACAGCAAUGAGCGCCCUACAAGCUAUGUUGAGUCUUCUUUAAAAACAGCUCUCGACAUACACAUUCGACAACCAGAAGGUGAUGUCUUAAUAUUCAUGACUGGACAGGAUGACAUAGAGAAGUUGGUAUCGAAGUUGACGGAUAGAGUUCGAAGUCUAGAUGAAGGAUCCUGCAUGGAUGCCAUAAUCCUUCCCCUUCAUGGUUCUUUGCCACCUGAAAUGCAGGUGCGCGUAUUUAAUCCCCCACCUCCUAAUUGCCGGCGAUUUAUUGUUUCCACAAAUAUUGCUGAAACUUCGUUGACAGUUGACGGUGUUGUGUAUGUUAUUGAUUCGGGUUAUGUCAAGCAACGUCAAUACAACCCAUCAACUGGCAUGUAUUCACUUGAUGUUGUUCAAAUUAGCAAAGUGCAAGCUAAUCAACGGGCAGGCCGAGCUGGAAGAACACGUCCUGGAAAAUGCUAUCGAUUAUACCCUUCCAUGGCUUAUCAUGAUGAUUUCCUGGAUGUUACAGUUCCUGAAAUACAGCGAUCUUCUCUUGCUGGCAGUGUUCUCUAUUUGAAAUCAUUGAACCUCUCUGAUAUGGAUAUUCUCAAGUUUGAUUUUCUUGAUCCUCCUUCCUCUGAGUCUUUGGAAGAUGCUCUGAAGCAAUUGUAUCUCAUUGAUGCUAUUGAUGAAAAUGGAUCAAUCACAAGUAUUGGACGAACGAUGGCUGAGCUUCCACUGGAGCCUUCACUCUCGAGAACCUUGAUGGAGGCAAAUGAGUGUGGUUGCUUAUCCCAGGCUCUGAGUGUUGCUGCCAUGUUGUCAGCAGAAACCACAUUGCUUCCUGGUCGAAGCAAGGGUAAUGAGAAAAAGAGGAAACACACUCCCUUGGACCUUCCUGAUGGAUCUGGCUGGGGUGAUCACAUCCAACUCCUUCAGAUCUAUGAGCAUUGGGAUAGGACUAACCAUGACAUUGGUUGGUGCAAAGACCAUGACUUGCAGGUGCGGGGGAUGUUGUUUGUCAAAGAUGUUCGGAAACAAUUAUCUCAGAUAAUGCAGAAAAUAGCAAAGGGAUCACUAGAUGUACGGGCAAAUGAGAGAUGGAAAGAGAGUGAGCUGCCUUACCGGAAAUUGAGGAAAGCUUUGUGCAUAGGUUAUGCAAAUCAGCUUGCUGAGAGAAUGAUUCAUCACAAUGGCUAUCGAACUCUCAGUUUUAAGCCCCAACUAGUUCAGGUGCAUCCAUCCUCUGUGCUGAGACCAGAUGAUGAGGGUAAACUCCCAGACUAUGUUGUCUACCAUGAGCUCAUUGCAACCUCCCGCCCGUACUUACGUAAUGUAUGUGCUGUAGAGAUAGAUUGGGUCAUGCCCAUUCUAAACAAGGUUAAGAAAAUAAAUAUCAACAAACUGAGUGGUGGGACUGGUCAUAUAGGGGAAGGACUGAAGGAAAAACUAUCAGACUUGCCAAAGAAAGAGAUUAAUGUCGAUGGGGUUCCCGAUGACCAUGAAAGUAGAAUUCUGGCAGCUAGAGAACGGUUUCUUGCUCGUAAAGGAAAGAAAUGAGCUUCAUUAUCACUCUUGAUGACCAUGAGAGUAACAUUCAGGCUGCUAGAGAAUGAUAUCCUUUUCAUAAAGCAAAGAAAAGAGCUUAGUUAGCUGUUUUUAUAUUUGGUAAGACAGCAGGAUGAGCAGAAGUGGCUUCUGGGUUAAGGUCUUUCCUUUUAUGGGGAACAAGUUUGGUGGUAAAGACUGCUAAAAGGAGAGUUGUCCUGGCCUUGGGGGAUGUGGAUCCUGAACGCCUACAGUGAAAAUUAGUUCUGUGCUGAAUUUUGGUUACUUUUCACUCCAAGGAGCAUUUGUUUCCAUCUCUGCGGGUUGUGACCUUUUCUGUAUCAACUGUUAAGGACCACCGGGAUGUGGG